AUGUUCUUCAAAUCUGUCGUUUCUUUUGCUGUCCUUCUUGCUGCUCAGAUCGCCGCCGCACAAAGCUGCAGUCGCACUUACACCGUUCAAGAGGGCGACACGUGCGACAGUAUCUCUGCCGCCAACAACGCUUCCACGUACCAGGUUGCUGUUGUAAACUACGGGAACGUCGACCCCCAGUGUGACAAUCUCACUCCCGGAGAGUCGAUUUGCCUGGGCUUUGCCGGCGAAGACUGUCAGACCACCUACGUGGUGCAACUCGGGGACACCUGCGAUGAUAUCUCCUCUGCUUACGGCGUCAAUACCACCAUUUUAUACAUGAACAACCCCCAGAUCAACGAGGACUGUUCCAAUAUUUACGUUGGAGAGGUGUUGUGUACCGCCUGUACGGUCGAGGUUCCCCCUGCUCCAGGUGGUUCUCCCGUUCCAUCUGUUGUUCAACCUCCUCCAACAGCGGUUCCUGCCAACCCUUCAGGCGACGGUGGUGACGAUGACGAUCUCCCAUGGUGCGAUUAA